CUGUUCUUUUUACAACGCUUUGCAACACUAAUUCACAUGGUGUGCGGAAUUUAGUUGCCUUUUGCGGCUUUUAUUUGCCUGGAACUGGAAUACAAUUGCUGCCCCUUGCAUUUAAGAUGAGCGAGUUUCAAACAUGGCUCAACGAUCAACUCCGGCUGCUCAACACAGAUGAAAGUGUAUUUGGUGCGUACAUAAUUGGCAUUCUGGAGGGCGAGGAGGAAACGCAAGAUGAAAAAAUAGAAGCACUUGAAGGCAUACUCAGCGGAACAGGCGCUUCCAACAUUGAGGAACUGGUGGCAAGCAUAUUGCAGAAGUGGCUGCAGAGCCAUCCCAGUGCCGAUGAGCCGCCCAAAAAAGGUCUGGACAUUGAUGUGAAUGCACAACUAGCCAAGCUGCUGGAACAACAGAAGCUGCAACCUGCCGCCAAAGAGCGUGAAUACACCGAGGAGGAGCUGCGCAUUAAGCAACAGAUACUGGCGCAAUAUUCACAGACUGCCGUCAGCGAGGAGGAGAACGAGGAUACUGAUGGCGAAAGCGCUGAACCCAGCGGAUCGGGCGUCGUGGCGCCGAAUACCAACAAGUCGGACGUGGCCAAUCUGGCCAAGGAGAAGCGCGAGCAGGCGCGCCUAGAAAGUGCGGCCAAAAAACAAAAGGACAAAGAAGAUCGCGAAAAGCAAAAACAGCUGCGCGAGGAAAAGAAAGAGAAACGCAAAACCGUCAAAGGGGAACGUCGCCGGUAACCGGACUAAAUCUCGCC